AUGCUGCUGGGUGUGCUGGCCCUGACGACCCAUUUGUUAGCGUGCCAUUUACCGGAGCCCGUGUUGCUGAUCCUGCUGAAGUCCUCCGUGAUUGAGGUUGUGUUGAGCCUGAUGCUGUUCUUGACGUGUCUCGUGCUGGGCCCUGCUAUACCUGUUGUUAGCGGGUCCUGUGCUGGCGCUCGUGAUGCGGAUCCUGUUGGUCUUGUUGGCACGCUUGAUACCGGGGCUCGUGUUUCUGGUGCUCUCGUUGUUGUGCCUCGUGCCGGGGUUCGUGGUGCUGAUGCUGCUGAUACUGCUAAUCCUGCGAUCCCUGUUGUUAGCGGGUUCUGUGCUGGCGCUCGUGAGGUCGAUCCUGUUGGUCUUGUUGCCGUGCCUCGUGCUGGGGCUUGUGCUGCCGCUGCCGCUCGUGCUGCCGAUCCUGCUAGCCCUGUUGCUGGUGUGCUUCGUGCCGGAGCUCGUGCCUGGGGGUGUGCUGCUGAUGCUGCUCGUGCUGCCGAUCCUGCUAGCGCUGUUGCUGGUGUGUUUCGUGCCGGAGCUCGUGUCUGGGGUUGUGCUGCUGAUGCCGUUCGUGCCGCCGAUGCUGCCGGUCCUGUUGCUCCGGCCCUGCUACUUGCGCCGCAUGUGCACACACGCCCGGUACAGCGACAAUUUCGAGGUCUGUUUGACAUGUUGGUCAAUGGUUAA